AUGAACACAAUUGGUUUUGAAAAUGAUUUCUUAAGACCAACGAGCACUAUAGCUCCUACUUCAACAACAACUCUUUUCAAGAGAGAUGAUGUUACAGGCUCUGACUCAGCUACUUCCACGUCUUCUGACAGCGAUAGUAGCUCUACUUCGACUUCUACAAAAUGUACCGGUAGUGCCCAAUACUGUGAGAAACCAACAGAUGCUCAUUGGAAAGAGACCGUGGGUAUUGCCGUCGGUGUGCCUGUCGGUGUUAUUGUGCUAGGUUUACUCAUUGUUCUUAUCCUUGUAUGGAAGAAAGGGAAGAAAGAAGCCGAUGAGGAUUUGGAUCCAGAGUUUCAAAGUGGGAGUGAGUACUUGCCUUAUAUCAGUAACGAGAAACAUAUUGGAAGCUCAUCAACGAACUCAUCAGCGGGCUCAAAAAUUGAUGCUCCAUAUAAAUCAAGAGCGGAUCCAUUCCAACUACCUGAUGCCUCUACUGACUCUUUAAGAGAUUUUGCUAGAAUGGCACAUGACCCAAGUCUAGACAAAUAUAAACUAGCAACAUCUUCUCUGAGAAAUAAGAGCAACCUUUCUCUUGUGAAUAAUCAAACCAGACACACCACGUCUGGUGACUCAGAGAAGGAUUCAUUUGAUUUUGCCAAUAAUUCUACAACAUCAACUUUAGAGGACGAAUCGACCCCAAUUAAGAAGAUGCCUAAUAAUGAUGCUGAGGAAGUUGGUAAUGAUACUACACUAAACCCAUUUGAGUCAGAAGAUGACCCAGCAGAAAUGAGACCUCAGAUUAUCAUUACCGACAGUGAUCCUUCAAACGAUGAUGCUCCACUGACUCCAAGGGAGGAGGAAGACAUUCAACGUAUUAAGAGUAUCUACAAUGUCUAUCUAGACCAGAACGGUAAUCAAAUAGUUGUAGAUCCAACAGAUGAAAAUAAACUGGGCAACACUGAAACAGUCUCCACUGAAGAUUCUGAAAAUAUUGAAGGUUUGGGAAUACAAACUGGUACUGGAAUACAAGCUCAGCGUGCCUCGCGUAUAGCUUCUUCGGUAUAUUCUGAGAAUCCCUUGGCUGGUUCUGAGAAUAAGGAGGAUUAUUUCAAUCACAAGGAUAUGAAUGACAAUGUACAAUAUGACAUGCAAUCACAGCAACAAUACAUACCGCAGACAGUACAGUACCCAAACAAUGGGUUUGUCUAUGAUCAGCAAUACCAUGAUCAACAACAGGCUUAUUAUAUGCAACAUUAUCAGCAACCAAAUGCUCAACAAAUGAUGUACUAUCAACCUCCAAUAAACCAAACUUACCACCAAUACCACCCACAAACACUGGAAGCAAUUGAUGAACUACCGACACCAACGGAACUAGCAUAUUCACCAUCCUAUCACUCUUUGACAUCUUUCAAGAAGCCUAUGAAACAGCAACUUUUGAUUAAAAAUCAGAUUGCUACUUUAAAUGGAUUAACAUUGAAUCCAAUUGACCAUCCAGAGAUGUUCUUUACUCAAGAUGAUUCUUAUUCCAAAUACCAAGAAAAGAUCGCACCUAUGUCCGGUAAGCCUAGCAAUAAAAACCCAGCCUCAAAUGUACCUCUACCCCACCAUCUGAGACAAAGUGUUGUUAUGACAAACCCUCAUGAUCUAUCAUUAUCAACCACGCAUAAGCCAGCAGGCUCUUUCAGAAAGGUGCAUAAUGCCGCUCAAUCACCCCACUUGGGCGUUGACCCUAGAUAUGGUAACAAUACCCGUGUGAGUGGUUUACUGGACGAUACCGACGUUGUCCAACCAGCAAGUGUCGGUGAAAUUUUGCCUCGUCACGGUAACAACGACGACCUGAGGAAACAGCUAGGUAUAUCUCACAAUUACCACAUUCAACUCUGA